AACCCUGCUCCUUGCUGAAGAUGGAGGAAGUAAAAACAGGAUUACCCUUAGCUACAGAUCCACUGCCUUAGUUUCCACCACCUACUGCAGUGCACAAACACACGUUAGGCACAGGAAAGAAAGAAAGAGAGAGGACACAUUAACAGUAAACACAAACAAAAGGGUGAUGGGAUUAUUUUACUGCAUGCACUGCUGAGCCCGACAUUGUCACCUCCUCUUUGAGGGGUUAGAAGAAGCUGAGACCUCCCGACUGAGCUGGAAAUGGUGAUGAAUCUUUUUUAAUCAAAGGACAAUUUCUUUUCACUGCACUUUGACUAUGGAAACAGAGGCUAUUGAUGGCUAUAUAACGUGUGACAAUGAGCUUUCACCUGAAAGGGAACACUCCAAUAUGGCAAUUGACCUCACCUCAAGCACACCCAAUGGACAGCAUGCCUCACCAAGUCACAUGACAAGCACAAAUUCAGUAAAGCUAGAAAUGCAGAGUGAUGAAGAGUGUGACAGGAAACCCCUGAGCCGCGAAGACGAGAUCAGGGGCCAUGAUGAGGGGAGCAGCCUAGAAGAACCCCUAAUUGAGAGCAGCGAGAUGGCCGACAGCAGGAAAGUCCAGGAGCUUCAAGGCGAGGGAGGAAUCCGGCUUCCGAAUGGUGAACGCCCCUUCCACUGUAACCAGUGCGGAGCUUCUUUUACUCAGAAGGGCAACCUUCUGAGACACAUAAAGUUACACUCUGGAGAGAAGCCGUUCAAAUGUCCUUUCUGUAGCUACGCUUGUAGAAGAAGGGACGCCCUCACAGGACACCUCAGGACCCACUCAGUGGGCAAACCUCACAAGUGCAACUACUGUGGACGAAGUUACAAGCAGCGCAGUUCACUGGAGGAGCACAAGGAACGCUGCCACAACUAUCUCCAGAAUGUCAGCAUGGAGGCUGCUGGGCAGGUCAUGAGUCACCAUGUACCUCCUAUGGAAGAUUGUAAGGAACAAGAGCCUAUUAUGGACAACAAUAUUUCUCUGGUGCCUUUUGAGAGACCUGCUGUCAUAGAGAAGCUCACAGGGAAUAUGGGAAAACGUAAAAGCUCCACACCACAGAAGUUUGUGGGGGAAAAGAUCAUGCGAUUCAGCUACCCAGAUAUUCACUUUGAUAUGAACUUGACAUAUGAGAAGGAGGCUGAGCUGAUGCAGUCUCACAUGAUGGACCAAGCCAUCAACAAUGCAAUCACCUACCUUGGAGCUGAGGCCCUUCACCCUCUGAUGCAACACCCGCCAAGCACAAUCGCUGAAGUGGCCCCAGUUAUAAGCUCAGCUUAUUCUCAGGUCUAUCAUCCAAAUAGGAUAGAAAGACCCAUUAGCAGGGAAACCUCUGAUAGUCAUGAUAACAACAUGGAUGGCCCUAUCUCUCUUAUUAGACCAAAGAGUCGACCCCAGGAAAGAGAGGCCUCUCCCAGCAAUAGCUGCCUGGAUUCUACUGACUCAGAAAGCAGCCAUGAUGACCACCAGUCCUACCAAGGAAACCCUGCCUUAAAUCCCAAGAGGAAACAAAGCCCAGCUUACAUAAAGGAGGAUGUCAAGGCUUUGGAUCCUACCAAGGCUCCUAAGGGCUCUCUGAAGGACAUCUACAAGGUCUUCAAUGGAGAAGGAGAACAGAUUCGGGCCUUCAAGUGUGAGCACUGCCGAGUCCUUUUCCUAGACCACGUCAUGUACACCAUUCACAUGGGUUGCCAUGGCUACCGGGACCCACUGGAAUGCAACAUCUGUGGCUACAGAAGCCAGGACCGUUACGAGUUUUCAUCACACAUUGUCCGAGGGGAGCACACAUUCCACUAGGCCUUUUCAUUCCAAAGGGGACCCCUAUGAAGUACAGAACUGCACAUGAAGAAACACUGCACUUACAAUCCCACCUUCCUUCAGAAGUCGGCGUACCUUUUAUUUUUUUUAAUAUUAUUACUGUUGAUAAUUCUUAUUUUGUGGACACAGUGUCAUUUGCUCUGCCUAAUUACAAUAGGGAAGAAACAGAAGAGAGAAGAGAUGGGGAUGUUGUUUCUUGAUCACUUGGCUUGAUGGUUCUGUGGGAAUUUUCGGAGCAGUUCGUUUCUGCCACUCAUAGGUAUAAGGCAUAUCAUUCUUUGAAAAAAAUCACCCGAUUCGUAUAGAUUCACCUAGAAAUGCUAUUCUAUUUUGUCACGGAUAUUCAGGAUAAUGAUUGAAGACAGGAAAGUUUAGAGUUUUCUGGUUAGGAAUUUGGCAGUUUAAAAUGGUAUAAGUACUUUUAAAAAAAAAAAGCAUUUGUUUCAAAAUGUAAGCUGAUUUUUUGUUAUUGUUGUUCUCUGGAGAUCACGGAACACAAACACACUGUUAUUUUUGGUGAUAACUCCUAGGAUGAGUUGAGUUGUUGUGGGUUCUAUGUUUACUUCCCCUAUGGAAUUUCUAAUUCAGUACGUUUUACACUGUACCAUAUAGCAACACUUUUAAACUACAGGUAGUUAAGGACCACCUACAAUACAUCUGAGGUCCUGUGAUCCUAUUUUUCUAAACUUAAGCACUGUUUUUCCAUAGUUUUGAUGACUGGCAUUUUAUAGACACCCUGGCAGCCUUACUUUUAACACCUUUAACGAAUAGUAUUUUUAUGUGGUUUUCAGAAUAACAUAUGGUCUAAGAGUGGAUAACAGGCAGUCAAUUUCUGUAAGGGACUUCUAUUUUUCAUAAAUUGGAGAGGUUUUCUUUUAAAGUUUUAAUGUCAUGGCAGCAUGGUAUACAUAUUUGUCUCUAAAAGUAUGCUUACAAUUGUCAUUUUAAUCAGCAUUUAAUCAGUGUUAACCAGUCAGCAGAAAAAUAUAAUUAGGCUAACAGUGGGGGAAAACCCACUUAUAGAUCUCUUCUCUGGUAUUUCUCUUUUCACUUGUUUUUUUCAAGCUGUGACCACCCAGUGUUCUGUCCAUAGUUCAUUCAUCUUUUACUCUUCAAGUAGAAGGUCUUAAAAGCCUUGCUGCAGGCUAUUUCUUUCAAAAUCUCCUCGGGGCAAUUGCUAAUUUGACCUGAAUGUGGUAACUUGAACCCAGUAAGGUUAUUGAACUAGGGCUAUUUAUAUUAUAGUAUUUCUUCAGUAAUAAUAUUUACUACUUUUGCUGCAAAGAAAAGGGAACUUCUAUGUAACCUGUACAUUGGACUAUAGAUAAAACAACCAACCAAGUUUACUUUUUACCCUUCCGGGAGUCCAACAGAACCUCCAUAGGUCCUGCACACCUUUCUGUUUCAAAAAUAUUCAGCUCUAUAAAUCCUUGUCAGAAAUAAAUCAGUUCCUUAGUACAGAAUUUCCCUUCUUUAAUACGUAUAUGUCAUUAGUUACCAUAUCUCAUGUGUAUGUUUUAAUUUCACUUACAUGGGUGCUCAGAUUUUUCUUUGCAGUCCAAAAGAACUAGAGAGGAGGAACUCGGUGAGACUGAUUCAGGUCUUUGGGGGAACACACUUGGAAGGCAGAACUUACUGCCAGUGUUUCAGGAAGACAGGCUUGUCUGCGACUGGAUUAUCUGAUAACCAUUUGUGAAUACUGACGUUCUGUUAAGCAGUAACUGAUAACUGCUCUAAAGGGUUAUUAAAUAGGAUGCUGAAACUAUGUUUCUUAAUACAGUGUGGUAUGAGAAUUACCAAAACUACAGAACUGUGGACAGAGAGCGAGUCUGGCUCCACUAUUGCUCUCAGCUCAUUUUCUUGUUUACCAUCUAUUUACUUAAAGCAACUUCUGAGCACUAACACUGCUAGAAUUAGACAAAAAUGCUUAGAACCGAGCUGUCUUUUUUACUAGUCCCUAUUGUAAUUAUUUUUGGAAAAAUUGCCAAACUGCUCCUUUAAAUCUAAGAGAAUAUAUCAGACAGCGUUAGAAUGUCCGUUAUUACCCGUUCUGCUGCCUGCCUUGUACCUUGUGGUCAUACAGUUUAUCCCAAGGCAAAACAUGUCCUUCAGACUCCCUUUCUCCUCAUCUACCCCAAAUAAUAAUUGGAAUGCCAUAUUCUUUUAGGCGAGGUAGAUGAUUUUAAGGUUCAUGAUUUUGAGUUUUGGUAUAAUUUAAUGAAACAUUUGGAUGCCAGUCAAUAUGUUCAUAAUUUAGGCUGUUUUAGCUACGUGUUAAAUUCUGCUGGCAUUAUCUAUGAAUUUUCCUCCUGCUUACUUUUUUCCUCCGAGUGUAUGAACAACCCUGUACCUACCUGCCCUGGGAUGAGACUAAGUUUAGAUGGACCUAAGGAGUUGCGCAGUUCCCUUAUGAAGACAGUCCUAAUACUGCACUUUGUUUUCCUGAUUUCAUCUUUUUGGGAAUUUAUUUUAUUGAAGGUAGUUAAUGGUUGUGAGAGUGCAUUUGCUGCAAGUGUGUACUUGUAUUUUCUUAGCUUCAUGAUAUAAGGAACAGAAAGGGGUGGGGAUGGCUCAGGGUGUGGCAGAGACAAAUAGGACAAGCAAGGUCAAUUCAAACUUGCCUGUUAGAAAGGACUUUUGUGGACCUGGUGCCUUCUGAGGAACUCUAGAUGGCUAUAUUUGCAGGCCUUUUCUUCACAAAAGGAAACAUGCAAGGUGGUAGCACCUAAAAAUAAAUACAAGGGUCACCAACCAAAUACAUCAGGUUUUACAGAACAGUUGUAUGCCCACAGUUUAUUUAGGUGAGAUUUCACAUUACAGACAGUAUUUGAGGGACGUGAAAGUGGGUUAUUCUCUGUAAUUUCCAGUUUGGCAAAAAUUCAGAAAUUCAUCACAUUGCUUUGCCCUAAUUUUGCCCAGAAUUUUAUCUCCAAUCACUCUCUACAAGUGAUGAAUCAUGUUUUAAGAGCCAUUCAAACUGGGUUUUUAAAACAGUAAAAGUUAUCAGUAGGCAGACUGGAAGAGAUUUUAAGUUACCGAAACUUGCUGUUGAGAAUUUUCUGAAGGGGCAAAAUGGGAGAAUAAAAAACUAGAAUUUAGAUUUGGUCACAAGGUAGGAACUCUCCCACAUACAUACAGGCAGUUACAUACGUAAGUCACAGCGUGUACUCGUGUGUGUGUCACAAGUCAUGCAAAGGAGCAAUUAGACUGAUCAGAUGUAUUGUAAAAAUGUAGGGAGAGUUAAAAUUAUAGUUAAUACGUGAGCAAUUAGGUGGGUUUUCUUUACCAGAUUGUAUUAAGAAAUACUAAAGAAGUUACUGGUGUGUUUUUAGGACUAGUGGCAACUAUUAAACCCCUUGAAACUUGAUUAUCUACUUCCAGAACAAGGUGAAACCAACCAUGAAAAAAGAAAUUCAGGCUGACUUGAAAUCAAUUUAAAGAAAUGACAAAUUCAUUUUUGAAUAAGAAGAAAAUACAGAAAAUAAAUAUUACCAACUUUUACUUGUUGGCAAAUAGACAAAGAAAAUAUUUUAGUGAGCUCAGUAGAUUUUUUGAAUAGCUUUCUCAGUUACACACUUCACAAAACCCUCAAGUCUUUAUGCUAUUUUUCAUUGCUUAACAAAAUUUACAUCAGAUUAGGGCAUUCACAUGAAAAUGAUGUUGUUAUUACUUUCCAAGUCUUAUUCUAUACUGUCUCUUAGGGCAGAGAAAACCAGAAGUGACUGAAAAAUAUAAACAAAAUAACUGUCUGCCCCUGCUCUCAAGACAGAAUUAAUAGGUACUAGCUACAUUUUUUUUAAACUUUGGUUUGUUCAUUUUCUAUAAAAAGGGAUGUUACAUUUGUUAUCUUCAUUUAUAUUUAUAUGUUAUUUUAACAAGUACUAUCUGUAUGAAGAUUAUUCUAAACCCAAAAAGAGAGCAUAUGUGUACAGGAGGGGAUGAAAUUGAAAUUUGUAAAUAUAAAAGUUAUCUCAGAAAUAUUUUUAAUCCUCCAGUUUCUGCAAAAUAAUUAAAAUAUACAGUAACUGGUCUCUUAAAAUCCAGAAUUUGAUGUAUUAAAUACUAAUAAAAAAUGUUAUAUUGGUGCCUUUUUAAAAUGCAUUGAGAGUAUUGGUGAGCUAUUAUAGCCCUGCAAUACUUUAAAAUGUGCAUUUUUAAAAAUCACUUAAAAAUGAGUACUAUGUAAUUCAUAUUUGUGUUCUUAGGGCAAAUCUUUAGAGCAAUUUCCAAUAUAGAAACUUCAGCUCAGCUGUUAAAAGUAAAAGAAAACUUUGGAACCCGAUUUUAAUAUCUUCUUAGUUUCAUAGUAUUUAUAAAUAUCAUUACAAGAUCAUACAAGUAAAAUGUACGGUAGAAUGAAAUUUUACCUGCGAAUUGAAUUAUGGUAAUGGGUUUUUGUUUUGUUUUUAAGGAAGAAUUAUUUCUGCAUUUCAUAAAGAUUUAUUAGGGAAAUUUUUAGUCAGUAAGAUACAGUAUUGGUUGGGAUUUUCAUUUCCAGACUAGUAUUGUUCUAGUCGUGGGACCUCUAUUUUCUAAUCUCUGAAUAUUUGAUGGAAUAACAUAAAAAAGCAGGUAAUUAAUUCUUCUUGAACAAAACAAAACUGAAUAGUCAUAUCACAUUGCUGUUCUCCAAAGCUUAAUCUCAAAUGGUUUCAUACCAUGGUUGUGUAUUAUUUGCCAUGGACAUGUUGGGAUAUUACAGUUUAAAAAAAAAAGCUGCUGGUUAUACAAAGCAAAUGUCAUAUGACCAAGAAGCUGUGAUAUGCUAGUGUUUCUUUUUAUCAUAGUGUAUUGCUAGGCCAAAUAAUGACACCUUGAAUAUUUUUACAUUUAUUGCAAAAACCUAAAAUUUUGGAAUUUCCAUAAGAUUUUUAUGUAAUAUUCUAUUUCUAGCUUUUUAGUUUUAUCUUGCUGUACUGUAAGUUUGUGGAUAUUUUUCACAUGCACUCUUAGGAAUAAGUUCUUAAUUCUGUAUAUGGGGUUUUUCUCCUAUAACAUUGCAUUUGUAUAUUUUCUGUAUAAAUUUGUUGUCAGUUAACUUUUAUCCCAUACAGACAGUGGUACAUGAAUGACUAGUUUUCUAAGAUGUCCUUUUUAUUGUGAAUAAAAUAUAAAAUUUAGAGGCCCUCUAUUAAGCCACACAAAGUACAGCAUAUAACUUGACAUAGGUACAAAUAAGCCAGUUUGCAGUGAAUUGGGCCUUUCAAAUUACCUCAAGUGACACACAGUGAGAAAAGCUUCUUGAAUGAGUGGAGGUCACUGAAUUCCCUACUAUGCACUUAUCAGGAUUUUACUUAAUUUAAUUUACUGGAAAUGGAUUUUUUUUUUUUUUUUUUUUAAUGAAUACACUGUAACAAGGGACAGAAUCUGGGUUCUGUUUUUUUUUUUUUUUUUUUUAGUAGUUCAAAUUCUGAAACUGUGACAAAAUUUGACAGUCCAGGACUGCCAGGUUUUGAACAUAAAUCACUUGCCCUUCUUUGUAACAAAGUUCUUUGUUAUUUCUACUUAAGUUUUGUAGUAUCCCCCAAACCUUUCUUCUCUGUCUAUCUCCCUUCCAUCAUUGUCUCUGAAUGUCUUUGCCUCUCUUUUCGUACUAGUUUGAAGAUUAGGUCAACUCUUAUUUUCAAUUCAUUGGUCCUUAAUUGUUUUGUUUGUGAUUUUUGUUGGCUGUGUAAUCUGCUGACAUAUUUUUAUACUCAAGUGUAGUUUUAUAUUAAAAAGAGAAGCGGUUGGAUUAAAAGUAGUAAGCUGUAUAAUUUCCGUGUUACUUUCACUUUCAAACUUUGGGUACCUAAAACAUCACUCCAGAAAUUAUGUAAUUGUAUCAUAGCGUGUUUGCCUUUCUCUUUGGUUGUAUUUUACAUUCUGAUUUGGCUUUCCUCUGAAAAUGUGUAUCAUGAAAGACUAGACAAUUUUUUUGCAAAUAUUUAGAAAGAUUUUAAAAAUGUAAAGCAGAGAGUCUUAACUUUCUCCCAAUUGGGAGGAAAAUGCUUUAACAUUACUAUAAUAAUAUUCCAGGUUUGGAGGGGUCUUCAGGCUCCAUAUUUGUUCUUAGUACCUGGACCUUUUAGACCAUGUGUUAUUUGCAAUCCCAGAAUGAUUGCUUCUGCUAUUAGUUAAAAAGAUAACUAUUUCUGUCUGUACAAGUGCAAUAAUCCCCUUGAAGUCUUAAAAACUAUGGUGAGUUUUUGUUUUGUUUUGUUUUGUUUUUUCUGACCCAUUCUUUCUCUAGCUAACAAUGAAAAGAAACCUUUGAAAAUCAUAAUUGUGUUAAAGGGCACAAUAAGCAAACACACUCCCCCAUCAAAAAGAUAGAGAAUGUGGAACACAGGUGGAAAUCUCACGGUAUCUUUAUUUAGGCUCAAUUUCCAUUGAAUUUAGUAUUCUGUUGCCUGGGAAAUGUGUCCAAAAGUUGAAAUUUUUACAGAUUGAAUUUUCUUCUCAAAUCCUUGCCCAAUGCGCUAAAUUAAGAACCUAAUUUUUAAUAUUUGUAUUUCAUUUCUCUCCUUUUAGAAAUGAACUUUAAAAUAAAAGCAAAGCACUUAGCUUAAUUUUAAACACUUACAUAUCACCUAUUGGAGAAAAUAUUUUAGAAAUAAUUGGAGCAGUUCUGUUUUCAGACAAAUUUAAGUAAGAAGUAUUUUUUGUGUCAUACAUAUUUAUAUGUAGUGUGCUGAUACUCUUUUUUUUAUACUUGUGCCCCUGUAGUAAAACUGCUGUAAUGUAAAUACAUGUUUUGUUAAAAGAUAACAUUUCUUUGGCAUUUCCUUUAAAGGCAGUUACUGCGUUUGUACAGUAUGUGUUUUGGCCAUUUUAGAUAUUUUUUCUUUAACAAUACCAAAGGUAAUUAGACUAUUUUAAAGACUAAUUGCUUGACAGUUUCUAGGAUAUUUUGAGUUUUAGAAGCAAAAAAAAAAAAAAGAAAGAAAAAAAAGGUCAAACCAGUAAACCUCAUUUUUUUUCAAACUAAUUUGGGGAAAUAAAAACUAUUGUUUAAAAAAGAAAUAUAUAUAUAUAUAUAAAUAUAAAUAUAUAUGUAAAGCUAAAAUUCCAGACCUUGUAUGUCAGGUUUGCUCAGUGUAAUGUAGUUUUUUUAAGGCUCAAAUACCACACCUCAGCAAAUGAGGUUUACUACAGAAAUACUGAAACAGUCUUUGCAGCUGUGUGACAAGUCACUCUACUACAUACUGAUUUGGAGACCUCCGCUAAACAGUUCCAUCACUGCAGACUAAACUGUGGGACUUGUAUUUUGUUUUUACUGCGCACGCAUACAUGUUUCUGGGCAUGUAUGUGGGUACUGUGUAUAUGUGUAUGAGUGUCGUAUAUGCAUGUGUGAGUGUGUGUAUGUGUGUUCAACUGAAGAAGCUGCAAAAACUUUGUAAUACUUUGUGAAAAGGAUUAUAUUAUAAAGGUUUGUACUGUCUGAGUGCACAGCUACUGGAAAAGAUUUAGGGAAUCUCAGGAACAAGCAUAUAAUUUGUCCAAGAUUUAUUUCUUCUCAGAAGUGUAAGUGCAGUUUUUAAUUCUGUAUAUUAUUUAAUAUUUUACCAAUAAAAUAAACUUCUGACAUAAAAAGUUUGCUAUAAAAA